GUUCUAUGUACCUGCAAGUUUCUCCAAAACAUUUUGUCUUCUAUUAAAAAUAAAGAGUAACACGAUGGAGCGUCACAGAAAACACUCGGUCGGCGGCACAACCCUCCACACGUGUCAUCCCUGCCGGCGCGCCAUUCCAUACAGAAUCUACGCCGUAAUCCACACGUGUGGCAUCAUAGCUCUCAUGUAUCACCAUGUACACUCACUUCUCACAUCAAACAACACUCUAAUAACGUGUCUUCUCCUCCUCUCCGAUAUUGUUCUCGCCUUCAUGUGGGCAACCACAACUUCCCUCCGGUUAAACCCGGUUCAUCGGACCGAGUACCCUGAGAAAUAUGCAGCUAAACCGGAGGACUUUCCAAAGCUGGACGUGUUUAUAUGCACGGCUGAUCCGUACAAGGAGCCUCCGAUGAUGGUGGUCAACACCGCCUUAUCAGUCAUGGCCUACGAGUAUCCGUCCGAUAAGAUUUCAGUCUAUGUAUCGGACGAUGGAGGAUCUUCGUUGACUUUGUUUGCUCUUGUGGAGGCUGCUAAGUUCUCUAAGCAUUGGUUGCCCUUUUGCAAGAAGAACAAUAUUCAAGAUCGGUCCCCUGAAGUUUAUUUCUCAUCAAAGUCAAAUUCUCAGAGUGAUGAAGCUGAAAAUCUUAAGAUGAUGUAUAAAGACAUGAAGAGUAGAGUAGAACAUGUGGUGGAGAGUGGAAAAGUUGAGACUGCAUUUAUCACAUGCGAUCAAUUUCGUGGGGUAUUCGAUUUGUGGACAGACAAAUUCACUCGUCAUGACCAUCCCACAAUUAUUCAGGUGCUACAAAAUAGCGAGACAGAUAUGGACACUACCAAAAAGUAUAUGCCAAACCUAAUAUAUGUUUCAAGAGAGAAGAGUAAAGUUUCACCACAUCAUUUCAAAGCCGGUGCUCUUAAUACUCUGCUACGAGUGUCUGGAGUCAUGACGAAUGCACCGAUUAUUUUAACCCUAGACUGUGAUAUGUAUUCGAACGAUCCAGCAACACCAGUUCAUAAGCCCAUCAACGCUCAAGAUGUUUUAGCAUUGGCACACAAAGUAGCAGGCUGUAUCUACGAGCACAACACCAAUUGGGGAUCAAAGAUUGGAUAUAGAUACGGAUCUUUAGUAGAAGACUACUACACAGGGUAUAGGCUCCAUUGUGAAGGAUGGAGAACUGUUUUUUGCAGUCCCAAAAGAGCAGCAUUUUGCGGAGAUGCCCCAAAAAGCCUAAUUGAUGUAGUCAGCCAACAAAAAAGAUGGGCCAUUGGGCUUCUUGAAGUUGCCUUCUCAAGGUAUAGCCCCAUUACCUAUGGUGUCAAAUCAAUGGGUCUAUUAAUGGGAUUAGGCUAUUGUCAAUACGCAUGUUGGCCCUUUUGGUCACUUCCUCAUGUCGUCUAUGGAUUCUUGCCCCAACUUGCUCUCCUCUAUGGAGUUAGCGUCUUUCCCAAGUCAUCAGAUCCAUGGUUCUGGCUUUACAUCGUUUUGUUUCUCGGUGCAUAUGCGCAAGAUCUACUCGACUUUGUAUUAGAAGGAGGAACUUAUCGCGGAUGGUGGAACGAUCAAAGAAUGUGGUCGAUAAGAGGAUUCUCUUCACACCUAUUUGGCUUCAUAGAGUUCACUCUUCAAACCCUAAACCUCUCCACACAUGGAUUCAACGUCACAAGCAAAGCCAACGAUGAUGAAGAACAGAGCAAGAGGUAUGAGAAAGAGAUGUUUGAGUUCGGUCCCUCUUCGACAAUGUUCUUGCCUAUGACCACGACGGCGAUAGUGAACCUCCUUGCUUUUGUAUGGGGGCUUUAUGGUCUUUUCGCUUGGGGAGAAGGACUGGUCCUUGAGCUGAUGCUGGCGAGCUUCGCGGUGGUGAAUUGCUUGCCAAUCUAUGAGGCUAUGGUGUUGAGGAAAGAUAAUGGAAAAUUACCAAAAAGAAUUUGUUUCGUAGCUGUGAUCCUCACAUUUGUGCUGAUUGUGUCAGGUUACUUCUUCCUCAAGUAACUGCACCCAGUAUGGUUCUGUCGUUUAAUUUGGAUUAAAAUAAUAUUACGUCUGCAUUGUGGUAAUUAGAGAGAAUAAUGUGAUGAAAUCCCA